AUGUUUGGCAAGGCUGCGGGACUGUUGGGACUGUUGUUGGGGUGUUGUGCUGAAGACCCUGUGAAGGUGGCUCCGAUCUCGUUGGUGGUUCCUGCUUACGUUGAAGACAUUCCGAGAUUACCGAUAUUUGCGGGAUCGGUUGGAACCCAAACGGUUCAGCCGGCUGAAGUGAUUCUUGUUAUAAAUAUACCAUUGAGUAGCAACUACCAAGGUCCGUUAUUUUUCCCAGGGGAAGAGGAGUUUGACUUUAGCAACUUCACUGGAGUAGCCUGGGCGCCCCGGGCAGAUGAAGAAAAGAAAGCAUUGAAUACCCUGUACAAGGAAAUUGGCUACAUCAUGAACGAUGUGUUCGUGAAGACGCCAGCCGUACGGGUUUGGACACGGACGGACGAGCAUUCGGACGAAGAGAAUCGAUUGUUUGGCGCUUCAAAGACACUGGUGUCAUCACAGCUAAUCUCUUUCUUUACCCCUUCGGACCUGAUGCACCCUAAGAGAAUCGAAACCCUUUGGCACCAAUUUGAGGCCUCGGAGAGCGAUGUUAUUCUCCACGGAGCCAUGACACUGAUCUGUAAUAAAUCGAUACUUGAGAACUACAAUCAGUACCUUGUCAAGGUCGAAAACGACCAGCUGUCCUCUCUGAGCUCGAGCCGGAUACGUCCCGAGGCAUUUCCGGCGUCAGAAAGCCAAGACGGCGACUUGGCUGCAGAUAUGCAGCUUCCGCUACAUACCUCGUGGUUCACGGUGCGCCCAUGGGUUCUCGGCAAGUUCCCCAUGGAAGAACACAUCGGCACGCAAACCUGGAUGAGGGGUCUCGACGACUCGGUCACCGUCACCUACCUCAAUGCAGCUUUAGGGGCCAUGCUCGACUUUUCCCAGCACGAUUGGUCCGGGGAAAAAAGACAACACCUCCACUCCUCACAAUGCGAUUUCAGCACCUUCACUUGCUCCCAUUAA